UUCCUCUACCCUUGUUUCCUUUUCGUCCUCCGCAACCUUUACUUCCCAUCUUGGUUCUCACUUCUCAAUAUCGAGUAGCAGCAGCUAGCAUCCUUAUUCUGCAUUCAAUUCUCAGAAUAAGAUCACACAUUCAUUCCCUUUUCCUCUCCCGCGACCUCUCUUCUUGCAAUUCUCUAUCAAUUUCUGGGGCAUUCGAUUCAGAAAAAGAAGAAAUCUGGGAGGAAAGAUGAAGCAAGUAACAAUAUCAUUGGAUGGAGUAAGGGAUAAGAAUGUAAUGCAGCUUAAGAAACUCAAUGUUACUCUUUUUCCUGUUCGCUACAAUGACAAGUAUUAUGUUGAUGCUCUUGCUUCUGGCGAUUUUACCAAAUUAGCUUAUUAUAGUGAUAUAUGUGUUGGAGCAAUUGCAUGCCGCCUUGAAAAGAGGGAUGAUGGAGCUGUUCGUGUUUACAUUAUGACAUUGGGUGUGUUGGCUCCCUAUCGUGGGUUAGGUGUUGGCACAAAGCUGUUGAAUCAUGUACUUGAGCUGAGCUCCAAGCAAAACAUCUCUGAGAUUUACUUGCAUGUCCAGACCAAUAACGAUGAAGCUAUCAAUUUCUACAAGAAAUUUGGAUUUGAAAUCACCGAUACCAUCCAGAAUUACUACACAAACAUCUCUCCACCAGACUGCUAUGUCGUGACCAAGCACCUUUCUCAACCUCAGCCAAAGAAGUGAUGCUUUUGUCUUGUAAACCCAUAACUGAGUUUUGCAUUUCGGAAGCCUAUGUCGAUUACACCGUUGGAUCAACUAUUGCAGUAUUCUCUUUUAACAUAAUGACGGUGCUAUGCAGCCUUAUUUUCGACACUUGAAAGUGAAAUGUCAACCAUAAUACCAACUUGUAGUCUUGUACACUACUAGACUUGUCAUGGUUCAUUUUUGUUUUCUUGAGGGUAAUUCUGGCCAUUGAUACACGGUUGUUUGAUUCUGAAUCAUCUGAUAUUUCAUUAUUAGAGAAGAUUUGGAAAGA